CUCUCAACAUCUCUCUUUUGAUCUCUCCUCUCUAGACCGCGCUUUACGCUCCCCUCUUUGGUCUAUUUAUCGUUAACAAAUGGAAGGUGACUCGACCACAAUCAACAUCACCGAGACACCCAAGGAGAGGAAGGGAAAAGCACCGCUUUUGGCUACUCCACCAGCCUCUAGUAGCAUCAAACCCGUGGUUCAAAAGGCUCCAAAGAGAGGGUACAAAAGAGGGUUAGCCAUAUUAGAUGUGGUUCUAAGGAUAGCUGGCAUUGCUGCGGCUCUAGGAGCCGCAAUAGCCAUGGCUUCCACGGAAGAAACGCUCCCUUUCUUCACUCAGUUCUUCCAGUUCAAAGCCGAAUUUGAUGAUUUACCGGCUUUUACGUUUUUUGUGAUCGCUAACUCUAUCACCGCCGCCUACCUCGCCCUCUCAAUCCCUAUCUCCAUCGUAUGCAUUGUUCGCCCACAUUUGGUGGCCCCACGGAUCAUACUCAUUUUCCUUGACACGGUUAUGGUUGCUUUGACCACAGCCGCAGCCGGUGGGGCUGCAUCCAUAGUCUACUUGGCGCAUAACGGUAACUCGGAUGCAAACUGGCCAGCGAUUUGUCAACAAUUCACCGAUUUUUGUCAAGAAGUUAGCGGGGCAGUGGUGGCGUCUUUUCUAACCGUAGUCGUUCUCAUGGUCUUGGUUGUUUUAUCUGCAUUCUCUCUUUGAAAACAUAUAAUUUUAUCAUGUUUGUUUAGUUUUCAUUUUCCGGAUUUGUGUUUCAACAUUGAUUGAACUGAAGUGUGAAUUGAAAUGGUUGUAAAGUUGUUUACUUGAUCUAGUUUCUGUUUGUAAUGUUUGGUAUACAACUUUUUUUAUUUAAUGUAUUUUAUAGCA